GUCAGAUGGGGCGGCCUUCUUGCAAGGCCCGCCGCCCCUGGCCCCUGGUUCCGCAGGACAAGACCUCCGGAACGCUGGGCUAAGAAGAACGCUGCGCUUGCGUGCUGUCUCUCGCCACUGCGAGCUCUCGGUGCCUCACGGAGGGACAGCAGCAUCGAUCUGGAGCCCAUUUAAGCCGACAUUCCUGAUGAACGUGCUGGCCCGGAAUCAGGCAAAACACACUGAACUGAACGCCAUUCUCGGGACGGAUUCCGUCUGUCCUGUUGCUCUUGGGGAAGCCCACGAUGGGGAUGGUAUCCUUGCUGCUCUGUGGGGUGUCUUUUGCGCUUCCACUUUUUGUGACAGCAGGUAAGUGUAGGGACACUGACAUGGACCAUGAGGUGAAGCCAGAGGGCCAGCCUUUCGCUCUCAACUGCACGCUCGCUACAGUGACGAGUGGGGUGGUCAGCCUGAAAUGGUACCGAACACCCAACAAAAGUCCAGUGUCAGACAACAGACGCCUCAGAAUCCACCAGGACCAGUCCUGGAUUUUGUUUCUUCCCUUGGCCCAGGGGGACUCCGGCAUUUACCAGUGUGUUAUAAGGAAUGCCCACAACUGUUACCGAAUAGCUGUAAACCUAACCGUUUUUAGAAAACACUGGUGUGACCCUUCCAUGGAGAGUCCCAUAAACUCGCCAGAUGUGUACCGACAGACGUUACCCAUAGGAAAUUCUGGCAGUCUGAACUGUCACCUGUACUUCCCAGACAGUUGUGUGCUGGACUCGGUAAAGUGGUAUAAGGGCUGUGAAGAGAUUAAAGCGGGGAAGCGGCACGUCCCUUCAGGAACAAGGCUUUUCGUGAACAACGUUACUGCAGAGGACGGUGGGAGCUACGCAUGCUCAGCCAGACUGACACACUUGGGGAGACAGUUCACGGCCAGGAAUGACAUCGCUGUGCAAGGCGAGGAAGUUGUAUCUGGAAGAAGGAUUCCUAAUAUCACAUAUCCAAAAAACAACUCCAUUGAAGUUCAGCCUGGCUCCUUGCUCAUCGUGGACUGUAACAUAACCGACUCGAAGGGGAACACGAACCUGCGCUGCUGGAAAGUCAACGACACACUGGUGGACCACUACUACCGCCACUCCAGACGCGUCCAGGAGGGAAUCGAAACCAACGUGUCUCUGAAGGAUGACAUUUUCUAUACGGUGAACAUAACAUUCUUAGAAGUGAAAAUGGAGGACUAUGGCCGUCCUUUCACGUGCCACGCUGGAGUGUCCGCGGCCUACAUCAUGCUGAAACUCCCAGCUCCAGAUUUCCGGGCUUACCUCAUAGGAGGGCUGAUGGCUUUUCUGCUUUUGGUGGUGUCUAUUCUGUGCAUCUACAACAGUUUUAAGAUUGACAUUGCGCUGUGGUAUAGAAGCACCUUCUCUGCUGCCCAGGCUCCGGAUGACGAGAAGCUGUACGAUGCCUAUGUCUUAUACCCCAAGUGCCCAAGAGAAAGCCAGCGCCAUGACGUGGACACCUUGGUGUUGAAAAUCCUGCCUGAGGUGCUGGAGAAUCAGUGUGGAUAUAAGUUGUUUAUAUUUGGCAGGGAUGAAUUCCCUGGACAAGCUGUGGCCAACGUCGUUGAUGAAAACGUCAGCCUGUGCAGGAGGCUGAUCGUUCUCGUGGCGCAGGGUGAUGGCUUUCUGAAGACCAUGUCUGAAGAACAAAUCGCGGUCUACAAUGCCCUCAUCCAGGAAGGCAUGAAGGUGAUUCUGAUCGAGCUGGAGAAAAUUCGGGACUACAGCACCGAGCGUGAGGUACCGCAUGCCACCCAGGAGAUUCCCACCACCGCCUUCCUCCGUCAAGCUGCUGAGGCACACGCCCUGUGGCUGCACGGCAGGCAGAUGGGACUCUGCCAGUGUUGUCACUGCUCACUGACAGGGUGGCUAGUGUGUGGCGGCUCACUCCUGCCCCCUCCUGACCUCUGCCCUCCGGACUGCUCUGUGUGCUGGUGAGCACCUUGUUCUUGCCCUUGCCAUGGGUUGUUGUUUGUUUUGGUUUUGGAUGCUCUUCAGCCUAGCUCAUGCUUUAUGACCCCUGCUUGCUUCAUGGCGCCUGAGUACCCGAACACUCUCCUGAGCGAGGGGCGGCUGAUAUCUGGACCUCUGUGCCUGAGGGGUACAGAAGAAGGUCAGCAUGACAGAGCUGGUGGCCAGGACUCUUGCUGCACGUCUGAGAUGGGAGGCUGGGCAGUCUGGGGAUGCCAUGUGAGCAGCCUCGGGGAGGCCAGCAAGGACAGUAGCACACUGCCUGGGCCUGUCCACUGUCCAGGCUCUGGCCCUCAGGCAGUGCAGACUGCGUUUGAAUCUCCUUCAUGCUCCUGCAGCAGAUAGAGAACUAACCAUGGUACUAGUGUGAUACCCCUGGGAGCCAUUCAGAUGCCAGCCGGACUCCAAGCUUUAAAAGAUAAUCUGUCAAAGCAAACUAAGGAAGAGACUGUCUACUUUUCAAAGAUGCUGUGUCAUCCAGAAUGCUGAGAAAUCUCUGAGAGAUACGGAUUACGGCACUGGUGCAAUGCGCUCCUAACCCCAGCACGUCUGUGUGAGCACAUCGUGAGAGUGCCCUUAUCACAGGGGAAUUCACGACUGCAGAGUUCCUCCAGUGCCCUAAUGCUAAAUAGCUCUGGCCACCUCCGUUACCAUUUCCCACGGUCCAAACUGGGAAAGAAUCAGCUCCAAUCCAAACCUGUCAAGCUGUGGCUAACACACAUGUGACUGCUUAGGGGAAGCAUGAACAAAUGCCCACUUACCCGACAGGUCACCGGGCACAGAACAUGGAAACCAUUCUGUCUAAGUCUAGAUUAAUGAACCAGUGGGUUUGUCAGAGUUGCCUACAGGAGUGUCUUGAGGAGUUAGUUUCCAGAGCCCUGGUGACUCCAUCAUGGAGGAGCCCGCCCCUCGUGGUGACAGCUGACUCCUAGAGCGCUGUGCUGCUGCCAGGACCUCUCCCAGAGGCUGCUUCUGCUUCUAUAGCCAUGGCUCACACACCCAGGCUUAAAAAAUGAGCCUACUGAAGGAGGUGAGGAGGGGCUGCCCGGCCACAGGCAGGACGGGAGGGGCUGGCGGGAGAGGGGGUAGGAGGGAGAGCUGGGAGGGUAGAAGGCCUCAGGCGGAGUCCAUCUCCCUGUUGUGAGAAUCCAGCAAGGCGGCCUGGUAUCAUGGCACUCAUGUGUGAACAGCUCAUUCACCACUACUCACCAUCACCAUUCACCAUUCCUCACUAUUAAGUGGACAACUCAAGGUCUUUAAAUUCUGUUCUCAGUGAAUGAUGACUCCCCACUCCCCUCCUUCCCAGCCCCUGGACACCACCAUGCCUCUUCCCAUUCCCGAUGAGUGUGAAUACUCUAGGAACUUCAAGUAAGAGACGCCACGCGCUGUUUCUCACUCUAUGACUGGCUCCUUUCAUGAGCCUCGGGGCGUCCUCAAGGUUCAUCGGUGAGAUCCGGUUUUUGUUGUAUCGUUAUCACUGGCCUGCCCUGCUCUUCUUUUAGACAUUUUCCCACCUCAAAAGUGCAGCGACAAUGCAGCCACUCCUGAUGAGAUCUGAUAGACUAAGAUCAGAAGGAAGGAGAGGAGGACCUCCCCUAUCAGUGGACUUGGGCAGGGGCAUGCAUGAAGAAGGGGGAGGGAGGGUGAGAUUGAGAGGAGAGGAGGGAGGGGUU